CAUUUAUUUUAAUGUAAUUUAUCACAAUUAAUUUCCAUAAUCUGAGAAAAGAUUUGUUUUUGCCGAGAUGCGCUAUAUAUGCGAGAAAUGUUACAUUGUUGAUUUUUCUGUGCUCAGCAAAGGAUCGAACCGAUUCAGGUUCGCGUCUUGACUAAAAGGUAUUGCAGAAGUUCUGUAUUAUCGAUUGCGUCGGCAUGGAAAUGUCAUCGGUAAAGUGUUCCGUGAUAUUCAAACGCAAGUUGCUCGAUAAAAAGUUUUUUUACCAUUUAACAGAGCGAUCACGUAGAGACACUUUAUGAAACUUUGGAAGAAUAGUUCGUAGAUAAUUUUUGUGAAGUACGUUUAUGCGAUUAUUACUAAAUAUUAGUAUAUUCGCCUUAUUAAGUGGCAUACGCUAUUGACGUUAUUGACGCACAUAACCUCUGAUUAUUGUUACUGCAAUUGGACCACUUUACUACGAUUUAUAUAACUGAUAUAAUGGUCAUUACAAUUGCAAGAUUUAACGGGCAAAUUGCUGAACGAAAUAAUUAAUAUUAAUCGCUCCCUGAUACGUAUUGAACUUUCAUGUUAUUAUUUACAACACUGUGCAAUAUCAAUUUGCAUCAUGACAAUCGUUGAUUAUGUACAAGCUCUAUCAGAUAAUCCAUACUUCGGUGCUGGCUUUGGCCUUUUUGGUCUCGGAGCCGCCGCUGCUUUGUUGAGGAAAAGCGCGCAAGUUGGAACAGUAUUAUUCAGACGGCAUUACAUGAUCACUCUGGAAGUGCCGUGCCGUGACAAGAGCUAUCAAUGGCUUCUGCAGUGGAUUACACACAAAGGUGCUCGCAAGACGCAACAUCUCUCUGUGGAGACCAGCUUCGAACAGAAAGAGACCGGUCAUGUAAAAACCAAAUACGACUUCAUUCCCAGUAUAGGAACUCAUUUCUUCAGGUAUAAGGGGAAUUGGAUAAAAGUUGACAGAACAAGGGAACAGCAGACUUUGGACCUACACAUGGGCAUACCAUGGGAGACUGUGCAGUUGACAGCCUUUGGCAAAGACAGGAGCAUAUAUUUCAACAUCCUCGAAGAAGCCAGACAAAUGGCACUGAAGGAGCACGAGGGGAAGACUAUAAUGUACACUGCCAUGGGAAGCGAAUGGCGGCAAUUCGGGCAUCCUAAGAAGAGAAGGCCGUUGGAGUCGGUCGUUCUGGACACUGGCAUCUCCGAGAGAAUAAUCAACGACUGUCGGGAAUUCAUCAAUAAUCCGUCGUGGUACAGCGAAAGAGGAAUCCCAUAUCGCCGAGGCUAUUUGUUGUACGGGCCACCGGGAUGUGGGAAGUCGUCGUACAUAACCGCGCUGGCCGGAGAACUGGAGCGCGGCAUUUGCGUUUUGAAUUUAUCCGAGAGAGGUCUGACGGACGACAGACUGAAUCACCUGUUGGCAGUAGCUCCGCAGCAGACUAUUAUCCUGCUCGAGGAUAUCGACGCUGCUUUCACCAGCAGGGAGGAAUCCAAGCAAGCCAAGGCGGCGUAUGAAGGCUUGAACAGAGUAACGUUUAGCGGCUUAUUGAACUGCCUGGACGGCGUAGCAUCCGCAGAAGCCAGGAUAUUAUUUAUGACGACUAAUUAUUUGGAGAGAUUAGAUCCUGCGCUCGUCAGGCCGGGCAGGGUCGAUGUCAAAGAGCACAUCGGAUGGUGCAGUGCGAAUCAGGUUGAGCAAAUGUUCCUGAGGUUCUACCGGGAGCCGGGCAAGGAUCCUGAUGCGCUUGCGAGCAGGUUCGCGGACAACGUUAUAUCCUACAAGAAAAACGUCAGUCCUGCGCAAAUUCAAGGAUACUUCAUGUUCCAUAAGAACAAUCCCAACGCGGUGAUAAACAACGUCGCGCAAAUCUGGGAGCUCACGUGAUGAAAAGUACAAUUCGAGGAAUAGCUCGAGACCGGAGCUAUUCGCGUCAACGUUAGUGGCCGUGCAAGUGAGACCGAGAGAUAAUUCCUUGUGUUUUAUAUAAAGAUACUUUAUUAUUCUGAAAGAGGAGACCAAUCUAUACAGUACAGAGUGAGUAAUCGUUAUCUCUUCACUUUACUCGCGCAAAUACAAAACAGGAUGAACACUUGGAUAAACGAUUAUGAUCGGAGAUAAAUCUUCGUUAAUUAUAUGAUAUAAUUGUCACGUGUUACGAAAUUACAAGGAUAUUAAUGCGAAAUGAGAGCGGACAUUCGUAGGACCCGACGGAAAUUUCCCUAUAUGCCUCAUCUUCUUCCCGUAACUAGUGCGCUAUUUUGCAUUUGUACCACCGGAAAUUGUAUAUGGACGAGCUAUAUGAAUACUGCUUUGUUAGAACGAAAGGACCGUCUAAUUGUUACAACAGAAAAUAAUUCACCCGAUGUAAAUAUCAAUCUUCAGCCGGACACUACAGUCAGAAAAUACGGUGUAUAUAAAACAGUAACAGUCUUAUGUAAUAGUAACGUCAACGCUGCAUUAAUUUAAGAAAAUUUUAUAUAUAUAUAUGAGAGUAUGGUAGAAAAAGGCAGCUCUCUCCCAUACUAGAUGUAACUACUUUGGCAGCCUGUUUGAAGUUGAUUUACUUGCUACACAUUUUUUCUAACCGGAACAUGCCAAUUUGUACUAUGGUGUUUCAAAGCAGAUUCAUAUAAUAUAAUUAAAUAUAUCGUAGAAUAUACCCACACACACACACACAUUGUAUUCGCAAAUAUUUUCAUGAGUACGCCCACGAAAAGUCGUCGAAUAGUGCCUGUGUAUAUUGAAAAUAGAUCUAUCGCUGAAUUCACUAAGAAGAUCCUUGGGCUCUCUCUCUCUCUCUCUCUCUCUCUCUUUCUCUCUCUUUCUCUCUCUUUCUCUCACUCUUUUUCUCUAUCCUACACAAUCAUCAAUAAAGAGUGGUUGACAGCAGAAACC